AUGGAUUCGAUUAUUGAAAGUGCCGCUAAGAUGGACAUGGGAGGUGGAAUGGCCGCCAAAAAGAACACAUGUAAGAUUUCUAUGCUUUGGAACUGGUACACAAUCGACUCCUGUUUCAUUGCCAGAAGUUGGCAUGUAAAGUCUAAAGGCGCCUUCGCUGGUUCUUGUGUUGGUGUCUUCUUCUUGGUUGUGGUCUCCCAAUGGCUUCACCGUUUUGCCAGAGAGUACGAUGCUGCCUUGAUGUCCAGUAAGGUCCGUCAAUACGGCGACGAGGACACCAAGAACGACUCUGUUUCUACUGCUAGAUCUGCUAAUGGUAACCCAAUGUUGGCUGCUUUCUCUCACAAGUGGUUCGUGACUCCAAAGAGCUUGGGCGGAAUCUACGCUACACCAUUCGAACACUUGGUUAGAUGUGUCUUGUUUACUCUUGAGUGGGGCUUGUCUUACAUGAUCAUGUUGUUGUUCAUGUACUACAACGGUUACAUCAUUAUCUCUUGUAUUCUCGGUGCUUUCUUCGGACGUUUGUUCUUCACCUACAACGAGCCAUUGAACUGUACUACCAUCAAUGACUCUCUUGAGAACGACAGAAAAUGUUGCCCAUAA